AUGACACCACCACUUGGGUGGGAAAAAAAGUCACUGAGAAGAGUCGGAGGGAUGUCCGAUGCGCUCUCGAUCGCCGCCGAUCUCGGAAUUUCCGUUCAUCAUCCGCCAUCUCAGGAAGAAACCCAGAGUUUAUCGGCGGGUAACGGUGAGAAGGGUGACGACCUCAUAAGGAUCUUGAGAGAAUUGACGGCUGUGAAAAGGAAGACUGCGGAUCUGCAAGUGGAGCUUCAAGGCAGAAAGGUGAAGUGUGAAUUUCAUCUCGCAAAUUCACUUCAAUUUUUAGCUUUUUCGUGUGCGCAUUUGACGCACGUGAGUGAGAUGGAGAAGAAGAUCUGGACAUUAUUUCGAAUCAUGACAAUACUGAAAGAUGUUAUCCAGAACAAGAAUCGGAUUAUAGGUCGCCUCCAGCAACCUUACUCCCUGGACUGCAUACCUGUGGAAGCUGAGUACCAGAAACAAUUUUCAGAACUACUAAUGAAGGCGGCAAGUGAUUAUGGCACCUUAACAGCCUCUGUUGCCGAUUUUCAAUGGAGUCAGAACUUUAAAGAACCAUCUACUGUAUGGGGGGAAAUGCUCCGACCAAUUCCUGUGGCUUUAGCAUCUUGCACUCGGUUUUUCGAAGCUAUGACAGACAUGAGAGAAUCGUUUGCCAAGUUACAAACUCUGAGAAGCCAAGGCAGAGAAAGGGCAAGA